AUGACAGAAGAAACGGAGAAAAGGGUAUUGAUGCUUCAUGGCUAUGCUCAAUCUGAUGCGAUAUUUAGCUCUAAAACGGGAGGUCUACGUAAAGAGUUGAUAAAGUUAGGAUAUGAACUAUAUUAUCCGUGUGCACCAAUCAAAAUUGAUCGGGGAGGCGUCAACGAGGAAACAACAUAUGAUCCUACUGUAGAUGGUAUAGAAUUGCAUGGAUGGUGGAUUCGGGAUUUCAACGGUAGGUUGCAAAUUCCACAUACCACAUACAGCAAGAUACGUGAGUAUAUAGUUGAGAACGGUCCGUUUGAAGGGAUCAUUGGAUUUAGCCAAGGUGCGGCAUUUGCGGGGUACUUGUGCACAAACUUCCGGAAAAUAGUAGGGUUGACUAAGGAACAACAGCCUGACCUAAAGUUCUUUAUCAGUUUCAGUGGGUUUAGGCUUGAGCCAGACCCGUACUAUAAACAGUAUCAGAAAGACUCCAUAAACGUACCAUCGUUGCAUAUUAUGGGCGAGUUGGACACCGUGGUUUCAGAAGAACGGGUGAUGGCAUUAUACGAUGCAUACCCAGAUAAUUCCAAAACCUUAUUGAAACACGCCGGAGGCCAUUUUGUGCCAAACUCAAAGGUAUUUGUCACAAAGGUGGUGAACUGGCUAAAAUCACUUGAUCAGCCUUCUAUAGCGGAAGACUUAGGAAACCCGAAAAAAUGCGAAAAGGACGGUGAUAUGCCUGAGCUAGAGGAAGAAUUGCUAAAUAUUAUCGACGGCUUUGGUAAAGCUUGA